CCAUUGUGAAUGGGUGUGUUCUGAAGGAGUUCCCCGGAUGUAACUAUAUUUCUGAUAUCGAGGGAGGGCGCGAUUCCUGUGAAAGGCGAUUCUAUCUACCACUAUACUUACGUCUACACUAGAAGUUACCUACAAGUUAUGGUGCCUUAGGCAGCGUCACCCUUGGAUGACGGCAUUAUGCAGACCAUAAAGUGUGUGGUGGUGGGUGACGGCGCAGUGGGCAAAACAUGCCUUCUUAUCUCCUACACAACAAAUGCCUUCCCAGAGGAGUACAUCCCCACUGUGUUUGACAACUACAGCACACAAGCCAGCGUGGACGGCCGAGCGGUCAGCCUCAACCUGUGGGACACCGCAGGCCAAGAGGAAUACGACCGGCUCCGCACGCUCUCCUACCCACAGACGCACGUCUUCAUCAUCUGCUUCUCCAUCGGAAGCCCCUCGUCCCACGCCAACGUUCGGCACAAGUGGCACCCCGAGGUGUCUCACCACUGUCCCGGGGUGCCCGUGCUGCUGGUGGGCACCAAGCGUGAUCUGCGCUCAGACCGCGAAGCGGUGGAAAAGCUGAAGGAGCAGGGUCUGGCCCCCACCACCCCGCAACAGGGCAGCGCACUGGCCAGGCACAUCGGGGCGGUGAAGUACAUGGAGUGCUCUGCUCUUCUCCAGGAGGGGGUCAGAGAAGUGUUUGCCGAGGCGGUCAGGGCCGUGCUCUACCCAGUGACCAAGAAGAACACCAAGAAGUGUGUGCUGUUAUGACUGCUGUGUGAGUGAUCUGAUGUUCGUGUAAGGAACGGAGGAGUGUGUGUAACGGAUGGAAGGAUGAUGAUGUCAUUGAUGUGUAUGUGUGUCUGUCCAUUUCGACCGGAAAAAGACUGGAGGGUUAAGGUGGACAUGAUGGAAAAAAAAAAGCCUCUCCGUGCACCAAACCAAACUCGUACCACUAGACCGAACCGCAUAGGGCUCCAGAUGUGCCUGGAACUUGCUGAACUUCUUAUGCCUUUUUUCCUUUGAUCCACCUCUCCCUCUCUGAAGAUUGAUUUUGUUUUGUUGAGACAGUGUCCUGUGGAAUUCUUGUUUUGCCUUAAACCCAGUGCCAAAGUGAAGUAAUUUGCAUUAUAGCCAUCUUCCAAACAUUAAGUCAAUUCACACUCCAUACCCAGACAAAAUGCCUUCUAGCUGGCCAGUUGCAUUUUUGCAGAGAUCUAACUGGGCCAUUGUUCCAUGAUGUUGCCAUGUUUUAGCCCUAGCUUUUGGGUAUUUGGGCUAAUGAGAAAAGCUGACAGCCAUGUGCCUUUCAGAAUGACCCCAUGCUACUAAGUCCAGUGUGCAUUUGGACACGCCUCUAAGCUUAAAAUCAGGAAUGUAAGCCUCAACACCCUUAGAGGGUUUCUGGGUAUAUUCUUCUCAUGUAUUAUGUUUUCGUGAGUAAUCGGAUAAUAGAUUUUAAACAGCUCUUCUCUGAUGAAGCCAUCGACCCCAAGAUGAAGCUUCUCUGCCAAUCAUGUGUAUCUUUUCUCUCAGCCAUUUCCAUUCUUACUCACCUGUGCGCUCUCUCAUGCAUAGCUGAGCACAGCAUCCAAACCAUAGUGUCGAUUAGCACAGACAGUAACAACUCUCUCUGCUUUGGAAAGAAUUCAAAACAUACUAACAUGGGACUGGCUUACAGUGGCUGCUUAUCAGUACAUGCAUAAAGCCAGAAAUGAGCACUUGUGACUCCAGGCCUGUGCUGAAACAUCCACAUGGGCUCCGUCUAUGGCAUUUCCUGAGUAGGAUGCAUGUCUAACCACAUGUUCUUCUCUCUGGAGAAGUAUUCAUUUCUGAAAGAAAAUAGAAUGCAUCUUGACUACUUACCGUGUUUUAUGUUACUUUUACGUUUGUUCAGAUUCCUGCACAGUUCUGCUCUUUAUGUAUGUGAUUUAACAGCUUUUCUUAUCUGAUCUGGGUACAGGGAAAUCGUUGUCUGUGUUAAUCGACACUACUAAUAUUAGGUAUAUGGAGAUUAAUGGGAUACCCCAGUAUUUCCAACCUAACGGAAUAAAAGGUUAAUUCUCCCCCAGUGAAUUUGGAUUUAGCUGGCAUAUUUGUGGUGUUCCACUGAAAACAUCCACACGUUAAAUCAUCUCUUAUAAAUCUCUGUCGAUGUUAAUUUAUUCCACAAAGAGCACAAGAGACCAAGCAACAUCUGUGAGGUAAUGGUUAGAGAGAACGGUCUGAGUAGACCAGGUUGUUUUCUUCUCAUAGUAAACAAGUUAUCUCAGCAUCCGCCACAAGCCUCUGGUCGAGGGAUGUCACUUGAAUAACAUUCUUCUGUUUACCCUGGCGAUGGCCUUGUUUUUCCUGCUAGUGGUGCGGAGACAUUCCACUUCAUUCACAAUUGUGAGAAUCCAUGCUGUUCCAAGGAGGCUGCUGUGUAGGCCUACUUGAGCUAAAUCAGUGGGUCUACUCUCCCCUCACUCUCAAUGAAGUGCUAUUGGUGAUUUAGCCUCUCUGAUGUCCACUAAUUGCCUUUUAGUUUUUUGGAUGAUGGCCUAAGAAAGUCCUUGCCUUAUCAUGUUUUUACCUUCUAUUGUCCAACGGGCUAAAAAGCUUCUGCAUACCAUUGCUGCUCCGUCUUAAGCGGUCUAACGAGGAAAGGCAGAGUGGAGAAAACCAUUUAACAAAGACACAAGUCAGGAAAGCAGGGAAAUGCAGGCGUUGGCCCCCGUGCCAGGCUGCGCACAUAGAGGGUCUUUUGAGCGUGGUGAAUCUGUGCGUAUGACUCAGGUCCAACUGUCUGUUAUUGUAAUCCUUGCAUGGUAGCUUUCAGUGACAGACCGGAAUGGUCAUCUCUGGACUUUGAGAAUCGCCUGCUGCCAGACAAAGUGACGAGUGACAGACAAUGACAGGAGGAGACAGAAAUAUGCUGCUGGUUUUCUAUUACAUCAGCACUUAUGGACUGAGUGGAGUAAUUCAUGUACGAGAGUACUUAGCAGUGAUCCCACACAUUUCCCCCUGAGCAAGAGAAAGGUGAUGCGGCUGACGCCUCCCCCUAUGAGUUCCGUUUCAAAGCAACCUAUGUCACCAACAAAAAUGAAAUCUGAAGGUUAGGACUUUUGAUGGUGUAAUGGAGUUUACUCCAACAUUUAUAAGCCAAGUAUAAAUACAUACAAAAGUGCAAUUUUUACUUAGUAUGUUUUUAUGUGUAUGUGUAUGUUUUUGAAAUUCACUGCCAAACCACACCUUGGACAAGAAGAUAAUGAUAUGUUGGAUGUUGGAUGGAGGAGAAUUAAAUGACACAAUAUUCCUGUUCCCACUUACAGCGCUACUGGUCACUACUUUAGAUAAUUGCCAACUUGACUCUAGAUGUAAUAUUUGGACUAGCUGCACCAGAAUUGUAUACUUCAAACAACCUCAUUUUUAUAUUUGGCCUUUUUAUAUGUGAAGGUAAAAUUGUACUCAGAAGGUUUAACAAUACAGGUACUUAAUAUUUAAUCAGAAAAUGUGUUUUGGAUGUUUUUAAUUCAUUUACCUUUACCUUUUGUGCCACAGCAAUUAAAUGAGGUGUAGGAGGAGGCUAUUUUCCAUACUGGUUGUCAGGAGUGAUGGCAAAACUCUUGCAUGCCAAUAAAAUAUAUUUUAACGUAAA